AUGUCCCAACCUUCAAGGGCUCUUCUUAUUUUCUGCAAGGUUAAUGGGAUCGAAUUUGAAGAGGUGAAGAUUGAGAUUGCGAAGAUGCAGCACAGAUCCCCUGAAUUUGCAGAAAUUAACCCCAUGAAACAAGUUCCUGCAAUGGUGCAUGGUGAUUUCAAACUCUUUGAAAGCCAUGCUAUUCUCAUUUACUUGGCUUCUGCAUUUCCUGGAGUUGCUGAUAACUGGUACCCAACGGAUGUCUGUAAAAGGGCAAAGAUUCACUCUGUGCUGGAUUGGCACCACUCGAAUUUGCGACGUGGUUCAGUUGGAUAUAUAUUCAAUGCGUCCGGUAUUGUGUUGGCAUUUGGUUUGCCGUUGGACCCAAAGGCUGCUGAUGAAGGUGAGAAACUUCUGUCCAAGUCUCUGGCGAUAAUCGAGUCGCAUUGGCUCGAAGGAAACGGCCCUUUCUUGCUGGGAAAUUCUCAACCCUCGAUUGCGGAUCUUGCUUUAGUUUGUGAAAUCAUGCAACUUGAGCUUGUCGAUGAAGAAGACCGUCACCGGAUACUAAGCCCACACAAGAAAGUCCAGAAGUCAUCGGGGAUUAUAUGCCCUCACAAACCGACGUCGCGCGCCGCCGUGAAAGCGACUUGCAGGGUCCUCGCCGUCGUUUUCCUCAGCCUCCUUCUUCCCCUUUCUGUCCUCCUCCUCGCCCGCCUCUCAAUUGCCCGCUACUUACUAUCAAUCUCCGGCGAUAAAACAACGUGGGUCCUCAAUUUACUCGUUUUUCUAGUGGCAUUUUCAGCUCUCGUCAACUGCUUGACCGGAUCUAAUCUGGCGUUGCUCAUCGGCGAACGGCGUCGCAUUUGCGCCGCGUGGGCUCUGCUUUUUCUGAUGCAGGCUUGUCUGAGUUUGGGGAUUCGGGGGACAAUCGACGCUGAAAUUAACAGCUCCGCGGAGGGUAAUAAUUGGGUUUUGCAGAAAUUAACAGAUCCGCCGGUUGCGGCGGAUCUGGCAAUGAAUGGAUGGGCGGCGGCGGGGGUUGCCGGGUGGUGGUUGUAUUAUCUGACGGCGGCGGUGGGGGUGGUCAGGGCGGUAAGAGGUUUCGUGUGGGUGCUGACGUG